AUGGAGGCGCGGGGAGGCGGCGGGGGCGCGGGGCCCGCCUGCGGCUGCAAGGGGAUCCGCCGCUGCCUGCUCUGCCAGGGGCCCGCGCCGGCCGCUCCGCCCCCGCAGGAAAAGGGUAACUUCACUUAUUGUCCAGCAGCAGGUUUAGCAGUAGGAAAUGAAUGCUCAGAGUUUGCUGGCUGGGCAUUUCCAUUUCCUGGCGUGUUCUUGCUGGAGGAGUUUAUAAACCAAGAUGAGGAAUCUCAGAUGGUUCAGCUGAUGGAUCAAGAUGACUGGAAACUAUCACAGUCUGGCCGAAGGAAGCAGGACUAUGGGCCCAAAGUGAACUUCAAGAAAAAGAAGCUGAAAGUUGAUAGUUUCAUUGGCUUGCCCAGUUUUAGCCAGGAGAUUGUGCAGCGAAUGAAGGCUCAUUCUGCGCUAGAGGAUUUCUUUCCUGUUGAGCAGUGUAACCUGGACUAUCUGCCUGAAAGAGGGUCUGCCAUUGACCCACACUUUGAUGACUGGUGGCUUUGGGGGGAGCGACUGGUUAGCUUAAACUUGCUCUCAAAAACUGUGCUGUCCAUGUCCUGUGAUUCGGAGGACAGUCUCCAGUUAUUUGCCACUCUCAGUCAAGGAAGUGGGGAAUCAAAUCACUCUGCCUCAUCUCAAGCUUGUCAGACCCAUGAAUCAAACAACUAUACUCCCACAUCAGCAUGUGAAAAUUUAGACAGUUGGGAUAUUGACUGCUCAUCUCCCCCAAGACUUAUUCCAUACAAAGAAGUUACUGUAGACAUUCUCUUACCUAGGAGAUCCCUGAUUGUGCUGUAUGGAGAUGCACGCUAUAAGUGGAAACAUGCAAUUUACCGCAAGCACAUUGAGCAUCGCCGGAUCUGUGUCACCUUCAGGGAGCUGUCUGCAGAAUUCGCUUUGGGAGGAAAGCAGGAAAAACUGGGUAAAGAGCUCCUCAAAAUAGCCCUGACAUUUCAAGGAAAACCAGUGUGAACAGGGGGAGAAAAUUGGAAUUAUGAGUUGUUGGGAUAUUUGAAAAUUAAAGUUCAGAUUUUUUGCAGUUUAUCACUGUCUUAUUUGGAGAUUGUUUAAGGGCCAUUAUCGGACCAAAUUAUGCAAAAAUACAAAAGCUAGAUCUCAUGGCAAUGUUAUAACAUUGCAGCAGUUGAAGGUGCUUGCUUGUUUUUAAAAUAAGCCUUCCCUUGCAGUAUCAAAACCAAAACCAUUGUAGGAUUAGCUGCUGGAUGAGAAUCAGAAGCUGGCUAUUGUACUUUUGUCUUUACUGUAAUGAAAUGCAAAGUAGUAAACAAAUCACUUUAAAAUAAUCACUUGAAGCUAAGGUGUAAACGAGGAAGGAAACUUAGUUUGUAAGUGAUUUUCAAUUUGACAGUCUGUAUAGUCUAAACAUUACUGUAAAUUGAUCUAUGUUGAUCUUGAUGUUUCAAAUUACUGCAAGCAGAAAAGGGUCUUGUUCUUUAAGCUUUUUGGAUCCUCUUACUGCCUGGACUUUUCUUUUAGGGCUCUAUUUUAAGAAUCCAGGUGCUCUGCCUAAACUAAUAGUGAAUGAAAAAUAAAUGUCCCUUACUAUGGGGCAGAAUGUUUCACACUAUCAUUCUAGGAGCUAGUCACUAACCUUCUGGUUCAAAUUCAGUCCAAGCAAUGGAGCAGAUUCCAAACUUUACUUGUCAAGGCUCAGUUUGGAGACACUGCUUUUAGAGCUGCACUGUUCCUUAGGAACAUAAUCUUCUUGUUUGCAUCGGCUAGUUCCUUUAAAAGCCAGCGCUCCAGGGGAGGAGCAUAAGUAUCUACCCAUAGAUAAUACAAUACGCACAGAACUAAUUGAAGUAAUUUUGCCUUUACUGAAAAUAUUAACGGUCAUUGUGAGAAUUAAUCAUAUAUAAGUGUAUGACCUACAUCUUCUGGGAUUUCAGAGCGACGGAGCAACAUUUGCAGUGGGCUGUUUUCAAAGACAGUUCAGACAUCUUCAGUAUCUGAACUCUAAGUAGGUUGUGUUCUUUUCUGAGCAUAUGUAAUCUCUGACCUGCCAUUAAUUCACAGUUAUAAAAAUAUGUUUUUAAGAACAAGCAAAGAGGCAGACUACAGCAUGAAUCCUUUCCUGUAACUUCCAACAAAGGCUCAGGUUUGUGUCACUCCAUGUAGGAGAUUUGAGAAGUCAGCUGUGGCAGAAGCUAGUUUCUUCAUGUAGUAAGUCUUAGGCUUCAGCCACUUCUAUUAAAGAAAAAAAAAUUACUCACUACAAACAACUGACACAAAUAGAAAAAGCAUUGAGUUAUCUGAUAUUUUAAUCACAUUGAGUUUUACAUACACAAAACACAGGGCUGAUCAUAAUUGCAGACAAAAUGAACCAGUUUCAGUUUAGUCAAAUAUUUAAAUGCAAAUGCACAAAUAGCAACAUAUUAAUUCUUACAUUCAUUAGCAAGUAUUAAAUGUACAUCGUGUCACACCCGUGACUCCCGCAUAAGCCUUGAAACCAUGAGCUGCUAUUCAGAUUUGCUGACAGCAAAGCAUUCCCUUCACACAGUUAAAGCAUUCCCUCGCUCUGCAGGAAACAAUAUACUGUGACAGGGAAGAUCUGUCACGGCAGGACAAUUCUUUGUGCCCGAUACUACUAUAAAAAUGCAACGUGCAUGAGACUUGUUUACUACAGCCACAUGUCUAUUUAAAAAACCAAACAAACACACACACCCCCUCUCCCAUAGGCUACAAGCUUUUUGGUCCAAUCAGAAAGCAGGAUUGUGUGUAACUUGUACUCUUAAGCUAAAGACCCCCCCAACUUUUUCUGGUAAAUGUACCAGUUCAUUCUAACCUCUUUUGUACUGCUAGCACCUACGUCCUAUUACUCAGUUGCAUAGCAUGCUCUGUUGCAAGAUGAGUCUUGGAGUGCUCCCAACUACAUCUCAAUUCAGUGCAUGUCCAAUUGACUGUAAGGAAGGCAGUGGCAGAAUCCUGGAGCGCAGUACCAUGGUUCAGUGAGUUAGAAAGCCUUGAGAACCACAGUUGUAUAUGUAACAAUACUUUGGAACCAUGGUCCUAAAUCAUCCUGUUUGCUGUUAGUUUACUAAGCGACAGUAGACAGAGUAUUUAAAUUAGUGUUUGGUCCUUAUAUUUCAGUCAUUAAACAUUCUUCAUUUAACUUACGCUCUGUGCUCUCACUCCACUGCUAAAAUAUUCGAUGUGCUGGUUGUUUUAAUCUCAAGGUACCAGAUUGUUUCAUGGAGAACAGAAUUCCAUAACAAGAAGAUUAAUUGUAGUGCAUACUUUGGCUCACGCUGUACUAUGUGUUUCUUGGCUGUGUUUUCAGCCCUGUACAAUCUAAAUGAAGACAGUCCCUGCCCUGAGGAAAACAGACUAGAGAGACUCAGAAUGAACUAACCUUUAAAAAAUGUAUGCUGUUAUAUUCUGAACUAUAAACUAAAGGGUUUUAUACUAUGUAUUUUAGAGAGGCUGAAGUUUAAUUUGGUAACGGCUUCUUGCUGCAUCUUAGUGCAUACUUUUCCUAGGUAAACAUUGACAUGAGCACCUGUUUAAGGAGCUCCUGAAUGCAAUACUUGUAAACCUGGCAUUUCAUGCUGCUAUGGCAUCGGUAACACACAUGGUGGCUCUGUUUUGAUUUGUGAAAAGCAUCUGCACGUUCUCUCCUGAAAAGGCAGAAUGGCAGCAUUGUAAAGACAUGAAUAGUUGUUCUGGAUUAUCAAAUAUUGUAGAGAUCUGUGGAAGGUAUAAAGAGGUUUUUAAUCUGUAACUAGUAGCUGCUAAGAAGAGUUUGGGGCUUCUUUGCUAAUGCAGUUAAUGUAAUACAUUUAAACUAUUCGAGUUCAAUGCAACAGUAACUCCCAUCAGAGCAGUAUAAAUUUAACCUAGAUUAGUGCUUGUAAACACAUUUCAAAAACAGGCUCCUUCUCAAAAAUCAGAUUUAUCAAAUUGACUUGCAUCCCGUACAUUUUAUAAAGGGGGAGCCUACCAUAUUUGGUCAAAAUUAAUUAAAUUAGGUCAACAUCCUAAUGUACUAUUAUAUUUUCUUUGUCCAUACAGGACACUGGAUGACUCAGUCUAGCCUUCAAAAAUAUAGUCUUAAACAGCAUGACAGUGUAAAGACCACUGUACUUUAGAAAAUCUAGAUCCAGUUUCACAUAGGAUGGGUUCUUAUUAUUCACACAUCUAGAUACAGUCUAGGAUAUAUAUGUAUUCCAUAAAAUACUCCAUGCAUAGGUAAAGCAAGACUGGAACAGGAACUAGGUGGAAAAAGCCCCACAGCCUUCAAAAGUUUUCUCCUGGCACUUAAAUUAUUCAACAUUUUGUUCUCGGUAUCAGCUGUUACAAUCAAAGCAAAGGUGAGCUUUGAACUGUAUGUACAGAUAUUAAUGGAGAUGUUUGCUAUAUUCAGAUGGUUAUCAAAUGAUUUAGAGUAUUAACUUUGAAGUGGACACAAAGGAGAUUGAUGGUGAGAAGUUAAUUAGAAAAUAAAUGGGCUGGUCUGAUUGUUCAGGCACUUGGGGAUAGAACUGGUUUCUUUGUUUCUCUGGCUGCAAGGAAUCGGAGGGGAGGGGUUUGUGGCAGUGGUACAAAGCUUGGAGGAUAGGGAAGGUAUGAAAUGGGGAAUGUUGAGGGUAUGAGAAUUUAAAAUCCAGGAUGUAGGAGAGAGAGGGGGAGAGAAGAGGGUGGAUGUCCUGAAAUACUGGAAAAUAUUGGACAAGGAGCUUAGGCUCCAGUCCUGCAAUGUACAUUGCAUGGCAGCCUAUUGUGCUUUCAUGGCGCUCUAGUGACGUCAAUAGGGCUUCACACAGACACAGCCUCCAUCUGUGUGUUGUAAAUUGCAGGGUCAGAGCUUAAGGAUACAUUGCUAAAGUCACAAAGUCAAGCACACUAACUCUGUGGUGGUGUGCAUUCUACCUUCCCACAUAUUACUACCGCCUACUGUAAAAUGCAUGCCAUACCUUAAUUCAUCCACUGUGUUUAAGGCAUCUUUAUCAUAGGAACAUAGGAAUUAUAAGACUGGAUCAGAUUGAGGUCCAUCUGUAUCUUGUCUCUGAGAGAACCUCCACCAGAUGCCUCAGAGGAAGAUGCCAGCACCCAUAGUAGGCAGAUGUGGUCUGCCCCCACACAAGUCUCAUCCAAAUCCCCAAGAAUCAGAUUGGCUCCAACCUUGCAUCUGGAGUUUUUAUCCCUUCCAAAACUCUGUUUGUAUCUUGACUGUGAUUUUAAGUGAGCAGCCUUGGGCCCCAACCCUUCCAGUACAUACAGACGAGUUCAGCGGGCGUACUCAUUUGCUUAAAGAUAUUCAAAUGUUUGCAAAAUCAAAACUUUGAUGCUGCAUUACUGUGGUCUGGUGCCUUUCCUUUCCUGACAAAUAAUUUGUAUUUGUCUUUUACUAUUAUUGUGAUGCAGUCUAAAGGGGAAGGUGACCGUUUACACUAAUAUGGUCACCAUUGUUGCAAAAUUGUAAUAAAUCUUGUACAAAGAGUGCCUUGUAAGGGAUCAAUUAAAAGGUCAUAAUUUGCUGAAACUCAUUGUCCUGUUUGAAUGUAUCAUCGUUAUAUAUGAAGUUAUGAAAAGCUGAGAUAUAUUUGUAACUCAAACAUGUUGUGAGAUUGAGCAACACCCACAGGUUAGCUCUUCAGAAUGACAAAGAAGCUGUAAAUAAGGGUAAAGACACCUCAGAUGGCAUGUGUGCAGGAAGGGGCAAGCAAAGAUUUGAAAUUCAUAUGAGGAACUGAGGGCAAAGCACUUCUGCCAUGGAACUGCUCGACCCCUUGAGACAGCCAGGAUUUUUCCAGCAAACAAAGGAUCAAGAUAUAAAAGGAGAGAACAAAGGUUCCUGGCCACCUCUCUCCUACCCCAUCUCUGGAUGGUGAAUUCUGAUUGGGGAAGUUUUAAACGAAAGGACUGAGGUCCUAAAGCUACUUGGGCAACCCAGAGAGACUUAUAGGAAACUAGCAGAUUUAACAUGCAUGCUAACAUUUUGGACUACAUUCUCUGAUCCAACAGUAAUAUGUUUUACCUGUCAACCUUUUAAUAAAUCAUUUCUUCUCUUAGUUAAUAAAUCUUUAGUUAAUUUA